AUAAACUUUUCUUAAUUUUCUUUUUCCUUUGUUCUUUUCACAACAAUGCCUUGGAAAAAGGUGAAACUUGCUUUCAUUGCCAAUGCUAGAAAAACAACAUACAAUAAAAGGCAGAAGGGUUUAUUCAAGAAGGUUUAUGAACUAAGCACUCUAUGUGGAGUUGAAGCUUGUGCCAUUGUCUAUGGACCAUAUGAGCCUCAACCGAAGAUCUGGCCAUCACCACAGGGAGUCCAAACAGUGCUCUCAAAAUUCAGAACAAUGUCUGAGUGGGAGAAGAGCCAGAAAAUGAUGAACCAAGAGACUUAUAUGAUACAAAGGGUUCUGAAGGCCAAAGAGAAACUGAAGACACAAAGGCAUGAAAACUAUGAGAAAGAGAUGGUUAUGCUCAUGUUUCAAUGUCUUUGUGAAGGCAAAUUAAUGCAGAAUAAUAUCUCCUUGGUUGAUUCAAAACAUCUUUGUUGGUUGAUUGACCAAAAAUGGAAGGACGUUAGUAGAAGGUUGGCACCACCAUUGACAUCUAGGGAUGAAAAAAUGGCAAUGAUGGGUCAUGGCUAUGUUGGGAUGACUAUGAACAAUGGUGACAUCAUGGAAAGUCAAAUUUUCAUGACGAGACAGUACCCUUUGGCGAGGUCGAUCCUAGAUUUUUGCCCAAUCUGCUACUUUGAUUAA